AUGGCGAUGCCCUUUGCCUCCCUGUCUCCGGCAGCCGGCCACCGCCCCUCCUCCCUCCUCCCCUUCUGCCGCGCCGCCCCUCUCUCCGCGGUGGGGGAGGACGCCGCGCAGCACCACCAGCAGCAGCAACAGCAGCACACGAUGAGCGGCAGGUGGGCGGCGAGGCCGGCGCUCUUCACGGCGGCGCAGUACGAGGAGCUGGAGCACCAGGCGCUCAUAUACAAGUACCUCGUCGCCGGCGUGUCCGUCCCGCCGGACCUCCUCGUCCCCCUACGCCGAGCCUUCGUCUACCACCAACCCGCCCUUGGGUAUGGGACCUACUUCGGCAAGAAGGUGGACCCGGAGCCCGGGCGGUGCCGGCGUACGGACGGCAAGAAGUGGCGGUGCUCCAAGGAGGCCGCCCCGGACUCCAAGUACUGCGAGCGCCACAUGCACCGCGGCCGCAACCGUUCAAGAAAGCCUGUGGAAGCGCAGCUCGUGCCCCCGCCGCCCGCCCCCCAGCAGCAGCAGCAGGCCCCCGCGCCAGCUGCUGGCUUCCAGAACCACUCGCUGUACCCGUCGGUCCUCGCCGCCAACGGCGGCGGCGGCGGGGUAGUAGGUGGUGGUGGUGGCACGUUCGGCAUGGGGCCCACCUCUCAGCUGCACAUGGACAGUGCUGCUGCUUACGCGACUGCUGCUGGUGGAGGGAGCAAAGAUCUCAGGUACGCUGCAUAUGGGGUGAAAUCUCUGUCGGAUGAGCACAGCCAGCUCUUGCCCGGCAGCAUGGAUACAUCCAUGGACAACUCAUGGCGCCUGUUGCCAUCCCAAACCACCACAUUUCAAGCCACAAGCUACCCUCUGUUCGGCACGCUGAGCGGUCUGGAUGAGAGCACCAUCGCCUCACUGCCGAAGACCCAGAGGGAGCCUCUCUCUUUCUUCGGGAGUGACUUUGUGACCGCCAAGCAGGAGAACCAGACGCUGCGCCCUUUCUUCGACGAAUGGCCCAAGUCAAGGGAGUCGUGGCCAGAGCUGCCUGAGGACAACAACCUUGGCUUCUCGGCCACCCAGCUCUCCAUCUCCAUUCCCAUGGCGACCUCUGACUUCUCCAACACCAGCUCCAGAUCGCCGAAUGGAAUACCGUCAAGGUAA